AUGGACCAUUCCUUCGACUCUGCCACCCGCUUUCCCGGGAACGGGGACGGCUUCCACAGGCACUCGCAGAGCACCACCAACCAUCUCGGCCUUGAUUUCCAGUCUAUGAUGCCGCCGCCGCCCAAGCCCAGCGAUAGCGCCCGAAUGUCCGCCGGCGGCAGCAGUACCACCGGCGCCGCCUCCUCGGCCUAUGAAUCGCAUGACGACCUCUGCGUUGACCACUGCAUGGGCGUAGGACUCUACAACGGCUUUCAGCAGUUCAACCACCGCGGUGGCCAAACCACAGCCCACGCCCGCUGGGCUCGUGAGAACGCCGUCUCCGGCUAUGAGUAUUCGCUCGGCAUCGGCGCCAUGCCCAUGCAAUUCCGCAACCACUAUGCCGGUCCCCAGUCUUCAAACCCUUACCAGCAGUCAUGGUUCAGUCACAAUCUCGACUCUGCCGUUCGGUGCAGCGACGAAGACUGUCAGUCAGUUGGCGACAUGAGCUGCUGCGACAGCCACUGCACCAUGACGGGUAAGUGCACCGACAUCGCCUGCGCCGACACCGAGGACGCCUGCACCGAUCAGAACUGCCCCUCGCGCCCCGGGCCCGUUCCCUCGUCCGAGGUUGUUAACGGGGCCGCUGCUCUCAUCUCCAUCAACCAUGCGCCAGAGGAGCCCAGCGAUAACUUCAAUCUGCAGCAUUCCGUGAUGGGCGCUAUGGACUUCAGUCUAUCCGGUAAUGCUCAGCAAGACUAUCUGAUGUCUUCUGGCCUCCUACCGGGUCCGGUGGGGAGUAUCGCAACCCAUCUGCUAGUUGCCCACGGCGACGCAGACUCGGCCAACUGCACGAGCCCGUGUCCACUCAAUGAUCCUCAGAACUACCCCUAUUGUCAUCUACCCGUUUAUAGCAAUCCCUCUCCAUUCCACCAAUAUGACUCCGUUGGCUCAGACGGCCAGAUGAAUCACGGUUUUGUCGAGUGUGGAGCUGAGUUCCACGACCCCGAGUCGUUUCUAGCCCACUUCAACUCCCAGCACAGGCCUCAUUUCACCGGCGCCGUGCCCAACUUCUUCCGCUGUUCGGCAACAGGGAUGCACCGCGCGACCGAGCUGACUGCGGCCGAGUCCAUGUCUCCUCCGGCUACGCCCCUGGAUACAUCCGAUUCCGGUGCAUCUUCAGGGACCCCAUCCCCCUUGACUCCGCUGUCCAACAGCCUUGAGAUGACAGAUGUCAAGCCCAAGAGGUCAUCCCAUGUCCGGGGUGCGUCUGUCGUCUCAUCAAUAAGCAGCUCUGCCAGGCUUGGGGUCGAGGAGGAGCAUAGGUGCCUCUGGAAGGAGGAAGGGUCCUCCGACAUCUGCGGCCAGACCUUUUCGGAUGCAGAAGAGCUAUUCAAGCACGCAUCCGAAUGUCACAUCAAGCACGCCCAGAAAGGCGCCCAAGGCUUCCGAUGCGGGUGGGAUGACUGCCCACGCAGCGAGCCUGGCGCCGCCGGCUUUCCGCAGAGAAGCAAGAUUGAGAGACACAUGCAGACUCAUAUCGGCCAUAAACCACACAUCUGCCCAACAUGUAACAAAGGCUUCUCAGCGAAGCAAGCCCUGACUCAGCACAUGUUCAUCCAUAGCAACGAGAAGCCGUUGGUAUGCAACAUUUGCAACAAGGCAUUCAGAUACCCAAGUGCUUUGACUAUGCACCAGCGGGUCCAUUCCGGACUAAAACCCUUGAAAUGCCCUGUUUGCGGAAAAGGUUUCAGCGAGUCUUCGAAUCUUUCGAAGCACAAGCGCACCCACGAAGUCAAGGGCCGCUUCACGUGUACCGUUCCCGGGUGCGACCGCAACUUCCAUCGCCAGGACCAGUUGCGUCGCCACAUGAAGACGCACCAGAAGGACAACAACAGCAGGCCAGCUUCAGCUUCCGAGUCUGGCGUCGAGGGUAUAUACGAGCAACUCCCCCAGAGUUGA